CUUCGCGUUUGUUUACGGUUCGGUAUUAAAGCCAGGUUCGAUAACAAUAUUAUUUAACAAAUUGUUUGGAUGCAUCAGUAACCGAUCGUUUUCGAGUUAUGAGCAAGGAACCAUUCAAAAUGUUCUUUUAUUAAGUUAUUACGUCAUAUACCUGCGACAAUCAAUUAGUUAUCCGAUGACCGAAGGCCGAUGGCAUUUAUUGCAUUUCGUUUUUACAACAAUGUAAACUUUAAUUCAAAUUAAAAGGAAUACAUAAUGAACUUACUUUGAGUGAUUUAUUUUUAGACAUAAUAUAACUAAAAUAAUUAGAUUUAUUUAAUUGUCAAAGUGAACAAAACAGUCUCAAUUAUUUAUAAAAUAUCAGUAAGGAUAUAAUGGAUAAUAUACCGAAAUCUAAGAAGAUUAUGACAAAAGAUGAAGUGGCUUUGUUAAUUGAUUUGAUCCAAAGCAACCCCGUCUUGACUAGUAAGGAAACGAACGCCACCACAAACAAAACCAAGGAGGAUACAUGGACCAGUUUGACGACUACAUUUAACGCUAAGAAUGGCUACAUUCCGAGAUCAAAGGGACAAUUGAAAUUAAAAUGGGAUAACUUAAAAAAGGCAGCUCGUAAACGAACUCAACAAAUAAGAAUAAACAAUCUAAAGACUGAUGCUGAACCGGAUGUCAUUCCACCGGAUGAUAUUUUGGAAAAAGUGUCAAGUCUCCUAGGGUCAGCUAGUACUGGUUUCACUGUCCCAUUUGGUGGUGACGGUAUUGCUUGUGGUAAUACGGAGUUGGACAGUGACAAUAAGAUGGAUUUUGUCGAUGGAUCACAUGCAUAUGAAGAUGUUUCCGACGCCAAUGACGAGAGACCUAUACUUCCAGAUGAUGUUGAAGUUUUAAUUGAAACUCCAAGCAAUGAUACACAUUCUCGAAAAAGAAAAAUACUAGCAAUUCAAGAAGAGAAUCCUUCUAAGUCAGAGACACCAAAAUUUAUCUUUAACAUGCCUGUAUCAGAUCAAUUAAAAAUAAAAAAGAAAGAUAAAAAGAAGGCCGACCACGAUGGAAGGUUAGCACGUAACCUAGCCAUUGCACGAUAUUUUGACAAGAAAACGGAAAAAUUAGACUUAGAAAUUAAGCUUUUAAGAUUAGACUACGAAAAGAAACAAAGUAGAAAUAAUAAUAUGAAUAAUAAUGUUUAGAUGAUCUAAACUUUAUAAGUAACUGAUUAUGUUUUAAUGUUUAGAAUUGUAUGUUAAGUUUGUAUUUUUGUAUAUGUAUAUGUAUAUUUAUGAAUAAAACUCUGUCAUAACCGCUAAUAGUGUAUAAGUUCACCCUGUCACAUGUUCAGAGGUUAGCCUUCCACAUAGUGGCAGUUUUUUGUGUGAACACAAAGCAGUGCUGAAUUAAUAAAUGUUUGAAUUCACUUAGAUAUUGUGUUAUGAUUGUAAUAUCUUUUCGGUCGCACUGAAGUUAAUCCUAUAUGUUUGGAUUGUUACUUUAAAUAAUAUGUCAGUUGUAAUUUUUCUAUAUUUAAUAAUGGUCACAAGUGAUUUAUAAGAUCUAGAUUGUAGACACAGGACUGACUCAUCACUAUAUCUCGGAAAGUAAAGGUACAAUUGACUUGAAAUUGAAUAUAGCCACUUUCACAAUGUGGACACUCACUGAGAAAGUAUUCAAAAUGAAAUUGGGAUGGCCGACUAGUAAUAUGCAUUCGACCAAUCUCCUUGAACGAUUUUAUAUUAUCCACUUUGUUGUAACUAAUCAAAAUAUAUAAAUAUAUACACACGACAAUGUCUGUUAGAAUUUACAAGUAUAAAUAAAGAUAUUAUAUUAUUAUAGAUCUUUUUAA